GAAGAAGGCAAGGAACCAGCAACCGGCUGAUACGAUUGUGACAAUCGGCUUGCCUGAUCAAGCGUCCGAGCGAGAUCGGCAGUUGCAUGAUGUCGGUGAUAGGCCGGAGCAUCUAUCGCAGCGCCCUGAGGGCGGCAGCGAGGAUAGAUGAAUCUCCCGUCAACAAGUACGCCACCCAGCACAGAUGCAUUCACCCAGAUCCUUCAAUGCACACCACACACAUGAUCUGUGCACAUGGUGUGUGCAGGUCGCUGGUCUUCUCCCGCCCCACCUCUAUCUGGAAUCGCCGUGACCGCUCCAUCCUCCACUUCCCGCCCUCACACUCAGGCGAUGCAGAUCAGCGGCCCGCCACGUCUGCAGCAGACGCCCUGCUCAGAGAAUUCACAUCGGGAGGCGAGCACUACCGCCCUGAGGCCUCGCUGCUGCACGUGCUGAGGUCGCAUUUCAGGCAAAAGAGGGCGCCGGGCGAGCUGAGCGACCUCGAGGGCACCGGGGGCUUCAGGCUGUUGAGGCAGCUCAACAACGUGGUCGACACCUUCGAGAGGUUCCCGCCGCCCGUGACGUUCCCGCAUGUGUUGGGGAGUGACAUCCCUGCGCUGCCGUACCACCCUGUGCCGCUCUCGGAGGACAAGCUGAGGGUGGGCUCACUGCUCGUGGCACACCCGGCGGCAUGUGUCUUCCAGGUCAGGCAGAGCGGCAGCAAACCACACACGGAUGGUCACCUGUUUCUCUUCUGUGUGUGUGGGUGUUGAUGUCCGUCAGCCGGUGCUUUAUCGCAGUGUGAUUCUGUUGACCCACGCCCUUGACGGCUCCAUCAUGGGAGUGGUGCUCAACCACCCCCUGCCCACCACAGUCGGCCACUUCCUGCAACAAUCAAGGGAAAACCCGACAACACAACAGCAACCGCAGCAACCACAGCAACCACAGCAGCAGACCUCGCCCCCGUCCCCCCCUUCACCCCCCUCCACCCCUCCAGAGGCCUCCCCCUCCCCUGCCCCUCCGAAAGAGCAGGAGGCAGCACCAGCACCAACACCAGGGAGUGAGGAGACCAAGGCGGCAGACGAGGGCAAAAAGGGCAGUGAGGCGGCCAUACCUGAAGGCACCGGCAGUGGGAGCUCGUCAAAGUCCCCUGACUUCGAGAGGCUGCUGGAGCCCUUUGCGCACAAUCGGCUGUUCAGGGGCGGCGAUGCACUCGAAAGAAAGUCAGGCACACGCAAUGCAGCACAACACAGCAUAGCACAAUUCAAGGAAGUGCUUCCAGAUGAGCGCGCGGAUGAUCUCUGUCUGUGUGCAGUGUGGUGAUAGUGCAUGACGUCGAGGAGGUGGAGUCGAAGCGGCUCAUCACUCCGGGUCUGUUCCUGGGAGCUGACCUUGAACAGGCAGCCGAAUUGGUCAGUCAGUCGGACAGAUACACAAUCUCAUAGAGACGCCCAUGACAGCCGGCGUGUGUCCAUCUCUGCGCUUUUCAGGUUCGGAGUGGCAAGGUGGCGCCAUCUCGGUUCCGAUUCUUCCUUGGUAGACAAACCGGCUGCAUGAGGGACAGGACAUCGAAGCAUCCACACAUUUCUGUUGGUGUUACUCUUGUUGCCCAGGAAUGUGCGGCUGGACCGUCCCUCAACUGCAGGUAUUGUACGCCAUGAAUGCUGCCACACAGACAGACAGUCUCAAGUGGCUGACCUGGUAUGUUACCUCUCUUCUGUGCAGCUUGAGUGCGACCGCCAUGUGUGGUUCGUAUCACGGGAGGAGUUUUCAUCCGAUGACACAGCGGCCAACGCGACAGACGCCUCACAGCCAAAGGACGAGACCAGCACCGCCGCACCCACUCAGGAGGCCCAGGCCCCUCGUGGCAGCCCCAGGGAACGCGCAGCCAUCGAGCGGUUUGCGUUUGUCGAUGUGCGUGAUGAGGAGGAGCUGAAGGACUUCCGCGCCUCUCUGUGGGGGUCGGCGAUGCAGAGUCUGGGGAAGGGGGGCGGCGGCGAGGAGUUCCAGAGGCUGGCCGAGUUCCCAAGGGGAGAUGUCGUCUUCAAGUGAGGGCGGCGGAGGAGGACGCAGCACCUCGUGGGCGCAUCUAGGUUGCAUGUUAUGUUGUUUGUGUGUUUGCGCCAUCUCAGGGGCAUCCAGGAGUUGGCUGAGCGACACUUUGAGGAGCACUAUCGGCCCGUACUGACUUCGCUGCAUCCUGCAGGGCCGUCAGCAUAGCCACGGCUAGAAACGAAGGGAAUGGGGAUUCAUCGUCUGAGUGACUGACUGACCCGCCAACGGGUUGCUGACAGUUCACUGCACAGUUGUCAGUGCAAAUCAGUGACUUGUGAGUUGUUAUGAGCGCUACGACGUUGACGAGAUGGACACUGUGACAUUUGGCGAUGUUGAAAGGUUUGAG